AUGUAUCGUCGCGUCGCGCUGUUUUGUUUAACCCGCAGGCAGAGGCGGCUCCAACCCAGUCCACACGCGCAGCAGCCAAGGGCGCAACGCGAGCGCAAGCCCAGCCCGUCCGGAUUCUUCUCCUCGCCUUCCCCUCCCCAACCCUAGCCUACGGGGCAUAGAUCUACCCCAGCCGCCGCCAGCCUCGCCGAGCCCUAGCUUCCCCCGUCGCGCGGGUCGGGUUAGGGGAGCAGGAUCCCGCGGCCCCCCACGGGACGGGGGCCAUGGAGGUGGACGGCGCCGCGGCAGCGGGGGCGGCGGCCGGCGCGAAGCCGCUGACGCCGGAGGAGGAAGCCCUGAGACGCAACACCGACUGCGUCUACUUCCUCGCCUCGCCCCUCACCUGCAAGAAGGGGAAUGAGUGUGAUUUUCGUCACAGCGAGGGUGCCCGGAUGAACCCUAGAGACUGUUGGUACUGGUUGAAUGGCAAUUGUUUGAAUCUGAAAUGUCCAUUUCGCCAUCCGCCAAUUGAUGGUUUCUUUGGUGCCCCAACUCCUGGAGUACCUUCUGUUUCUUCACACUAUGGUGCAUAUAACUCAGGCAAGCAGAUGGUCCCAUGCUAUUACUUCCAGAAAGGGAGCUGCUUGAAAGGUGAUAGAUGCCAUUUUUAUCAUGGACCGCAAACGGCUGGUAAUAAUCCCCCGGAACAGGUGAUGAAGGUCUCUUCCUUUCCUUUGGAACAGCCCCAGGCUCAAAAGAAUGAGGAGUCCACAGAGCCAAAUAAUUCAAUGCAGCAAAGUGCUCCAAUAAUUGGUGACAGGUCCAAAAUGACAGCUGAUUGGUCUUUGGUCCAUGCUGCCAAGGCUGGUGUAGCUACAGUACCUUCUGAACUUGCUUCCAAUGCAGUGAAGUCUAGGCUCAAUUCAGAGAAGGUACCCAAUACUACACCAGCAGUAAAGAAAAGCUUCACAAUUUCCGAGGAGGAUCAUCCUGUGUCCUAUCCGAACCAGCUUCCUGUGGGAAGUGACCCUAUCCAAGAUUGGAACCAGGAUUACCAAAUGCCUCCUGCAGAUGACCUGCCGCAGAACAGCAGGGAGGCUGAUGAUUUUUUGGGGGAGUCUUCGCCUGGUUUUGAUGUUCUUGUGGACAAUGAUGCAGAUAGUGCUGCUUAUUUACAUGAUGAGGAAGACUUUGGAAGGGAUAUGUACCCAGUAGAAGACUAUGAAUAUGCUCCAGCUGAUUUCGAUAUUCAUGCCCAUCAUGAAAGGGAGCAGUUCAAUGGAAUGGGCGAGCAUAACCAGAUUGGGCAACUGUAUGAUGGCUAUGAGAGGAAAAGGCGUAGAUCAUCAUCUGAGAGGAGCAUGGACAGACCUUUCCAUUCAGAUAGAAGGUUUCUGCACAGAGAGAUUGAUCAUGCUGAGAUGGAUAGAUCAGAUCUACGUCAUCAGCUCCGCAGGAGAAGAAUAAAUGGUUCUUCAACAGCCAUUAGCCCAGAACGCAAUGGAGAGCAGCACUGGAGGGAUGAACACUAUAGGGAAAGGGCACAAGAUGGUCACCACAUGCGCAGAGAUCACCAUCAGGGUCCACGAGGAAGCACUCUGAGCGCCCGUCUUCAGAGCAGAAUAAAGCUUCCUGGAAGAUCACGUGAUAGAGUUGACACUCGCUUUGAGAAUGAGCAAGAUAGAAGGCGACUCCGGGACAGAUUUUCUCCAGUUAGGCAUGUGGAUUUUCACGGGUUUAGGCAUCGGGAGGCAGGACAACAUCAUGAAAGGAGCCGGUGGAGACUGAGUGAACUUGCCUCAAGUGUCAGGCAUGCAGAUGGCAAUUCAGUUCACUUUGCUGCUCAGAAAAACUUAGGAGAGCCUAGGAAGGCCAAUGGAAUCGUGGAAUCUGAAGCAUCUCUUGAUUUUGAGGGCCCAAAACCCCUCAGUGUCAUCUUGCAGAGGAAAAUAGAGGCCACAGUAGGCAAUACCUCAUCUUCCAGCUAUGAGAAAUCUGCUGAGGCUGCAGUUAGGCAGCCUCGUUCUCUGGUUGAAGCUGGGAAGAAAGGCUGUGACAACAUUAUCAGCGCUGAAGAUUACAAGAGUGCAUCAGGCAAUGAAGAACAUAAGAAGGAUGAGGAAGAUCAGAUCGCUGUAGAGGAUCAGGGGCAAUCUUCAUCUCAUGGUGACAAAUUUGAGAUGGAAGAUGUUACUGGAGUGGAUGCAUUGGAAAAUCAAGAGGCAGAUAACUAUGACCAGAGAGAGGGCGAGUCUGACGACUACGAGACAAUUGAAGGCCAUGACUACAAAUCUGAAGAUGAAAACGUGUAUCAAGACAAUGAAGACUUCGACGACGAUGACGAUUUUGCCCGGAAAGUAGGAGUUGCUUUCUCUUAAGCUCUAUUGCACUGUCAUUGCUUCUGUUGCUUGUGGCAAAGCUGAAGUGCUUGCUUUGCUUAGUGCAUCUCUUGGAUAAAUUCAUGUGGUGCUUUAUGUUUCUUUUUUCAAGUUGAUAGUGAUAAAGACUGUUGUUUUCUGAGGCUGAUAACUUAUAAUUAUAGGUCAGAUAUGAAGCGAGGUAGCUUUCAUAAAUGAUAUUAAGGCUUUACAUGUAAAACUGCUGACUGUUCAGCAUAUCUGAUCUAUCCUCAAACAUUGUAUUGUAUUAGGUUCCUUACUAACAUCAGGAUAUUUCUUCGAUCAAUUUAUGUCCGAGAUGGAGAAUAUAAUCAACCCCCUUUUGGAGGGGGUCUUUUGUUCACAUUAA